ACAUCACCAAUAUCUGCCAGCGAUUCUGUAAGGAUGGAUGUCUUCUUGUUUCUCUCAGUCUGUGGUCAGUGACGCAGAGCUGCCCCCAGAGUGAGAGACCGAGAGCCUCUUUUCACUGACUGACUCCGACAGCCGUGAAAACAGCAGCCCGGGCACAAUCUCCAUUCCUCGACAAACUGCCUGGAACCGGGAUUCCAACCCAGGCAAGUGGGCCGAAGUAGGCGGAAAUUCCUGCGAAACUAAGGAUUUGACUGGCACAGAUUGGAAAUGGCUGGACUGCAGGAAUUACGAAUGACAGAGGAGAAGCCUCUGCUGCGGGAGCAGAUGUCAGUGUCUGGUUUUCCAGGUGAAAACAACGCUUUGUUUUGUUUCCUUCCCUCAAGGAAUCGAAUCUGCUUUGAGCAUAAGGAAACUUGUGACAUAUUCUUGCCUACCAUGGACUCAGACUGGCAGGAACAUGACAUUGAAACCCCCUAUGGGAUGUUGCAUGUGGUGAUACGUGGUGCACCAAAAGGAAACCGACCAGCAAUCCUGACCUAUCAUGAUGUUGGGAUGAACCAUAAACUUUGCUUCAAUACAUUCUUCAACUUUGAGGAUAUGCAGGAAAUCACCAAGCAUUUUGUUGUGUGCCAUAUCGAUGCUCCAGGUCAGCAGACAAAUGCCUCGCAGUUUCCUUCAGGGUACCAGUUCCCGACCAUGGACCAGUUGGCUGCUAUGUUGCCAAGUGUAGUUCAGCAUUUUGGAUUUAAAAGUGUUGUUGGGAUCGGAGUGGGAGCCGGAGCUUAUAUCCUCGCCAAAUUUGCUCUGAUUUUCCCAGAUAUGGUUGAGGGGAUGGUUCUCAUCAAUAUUGACCCCUGUGGAAAGGGCUGGAUUGACUGGGCAGCAACAAAGCUCUCAGGUCUGACCAGCUCACUUCCUGACACCGUCCUGUCACAUCUCUGCAGCCAGGAGGAACUGAUGAACAAUACGGAGCUGGUGCAGAGCCUCCGACAGCAAAUAGGAGCUAACGUCAACCAGAGUAAUCUGCAGCUCUUCUGGAACAUGUACAACAGUCGCAGGGAUCUGGAAAUGAAUAGACCUGGAACUGUGGCCAAUGCUAAGACUCUGCAGUGUCCAGUGAUGCUGGUUGUGGGGGACAAUUCCCCAGCAGAGGAAGGUGUGGUGGAAUGUAACUCCAAGCUGGACCCAACUCAGACAACUUUCCUUAAGAUGGCUGAUUCUGGUGGUCUGCCACAGAUUACACAGCCUGGGAAACUGACAGAAGCAUUCAAGUACUUUCUGCAGGGCAUGGGCUACAUGGCAUCAGCCAGUAUGACUCGGUUGGCUCGUUCUCGUACAGCCUCACUGACCAGUGCCAGCUCAGUAGACGGACACCGUCCACGAAUCUGUACUCAAACCAAUAGUAGUGACAGUGUGGGCCAGGUAACUCAGAACAUCUCACACACUAUGGAGGUAUCUUGCUAAAAGGUGAUGGAAUAUACAAUGUGGCUGUACUCCCCCUACAUAGUUCUUGAUAUUACUCUUGGUAUGGAAGCAGUUAAGAUAUAAAAGAGUAGAGAUUGCUUCACUCCUUUGCAGUGUAGCAGUCUGUGAUUUUCUAGUCUAACAAUUAAAAGGCUGUCUACAGCAUUUUUUCCUGCAUGAUUGCAAUCAUUGUGAGUUUUAUUUUGAUAGUUGCCUGAGCCUCUCCAACCUAUUAGCAGGUCUUCACGAGUCCUGCAUUACUCCAGCCAAUCAUUGCCAUGGUACAUAUUAGGGACUGUGCCAAUGUAAUAGUAUUCAGUUAUUUGUUUAACUUGUGCAAUGGGAAAGCGUCAUAGUUUGAGCUGUUUAAAUGUGGAGACAUUUCCUAGUUAACUAACUGUUCUAGAUGUUCUUUAUGCUUUCUGUACUACAGGGUGCAAUAAGCUGCUCUAUUCACUGCAGAUGUAGUGAAUGUUAUUAAAUGUUUUGUAGAUACUUUUAUUCUCUCUUUCCUUCAACUUCAGUUUGUAAAAUUAUAAAAUGAAGAGGUCAAGGUUUGCUGUGAGUUUCGUGUUCUGAUCUUUGUGAUAAUCGUAGUGCUGUUGAGGUACUUUUUUGCAUACAAUUUAUCCUUUGUUGUGGUUGCUGUUGAUCUAAUACUUAACCACGGCUGUGAAAAUCACUAUUAAUGUACUUAAUUACAAUGUUUGAGAAAGAAAUAAAAUCAACAUGGAACAAAAAUAA